UAUAACUAUGGCGGGUCAUGGCUUUUAAAGGCCUCCAUUCCUAUUUCCUAUCUCUCUGAGUUAUUUUAUUGAAGCGCACUCAACGUUCUCCAUUGAAGCGUUCUCCGUUGAAUCUAAUUAUUGUAUACCCCAUUGAAGCAGCUUCUAAGGGCGGCCGCCCCUCCUGCCCUGCCUGGAAUGAAUAAAGGAGGUGGUGGAGGUGGACCUACAGCCACUGCUGCUGCUGCAGCCACACAGAAGCAGAAGGCUCUUUUGCAGAGAGUUGAAACUGAUGUUUCCAAUCUUGUUGACAAUUUCACUGUUCUUGUCAAUGUUUCCCGGGUAAAUGAUCCACCCGUCAGAAAUCAACAAGAAGCUUUCAUGAUGGAAGUGCGUGCAGCCAGGAUGAACUACAUUCGCAAGCAUGUCGGGCAAUGCAGAGGGUUUGCAGCCUACAAUCUCAGGGACCCAGUUACAGUCCAAGCAGCCGACUCAUUGUUAAAGUUGGUGUCAGAAUUGAAGCAGACUGCUAUCUUUUCUGGAUUUGCAUCGCUCAAUGACCAUGUAGAACAACGUAUUGGCGAAUUCAAUAAGCUGACAGAAAAAACAGACGUUACUUUGGGUAGAGUUGGGGAAGAGGCAGCAGCUAGUCUCAAAGAACUUGAAUCUCAUUUCUAUUCUUCUUCAGAGAAGGCCUGCGCAGCUAGCCAACCUUCAUCACCUUGAGGUGUGCAGUCUAAUCUAUCUGACUGUUAAAAAGAUGUUUAGAUAUAUGUAAAACUUGAUUUCUAUUAUUUGAUUGUCUUUCGGGUGAUUUAAGGUACAACACUCCACAGUUUUAACUAGGUUUUUUCAAAGGUCGUUUGGGUGGGGGCUAUUUGUAAUGUAGACUAUGUAGCUGUCGAUAUCAAGCUAGCAGAUACUUAGAGCCCCCUGUCGUGUAUAUGCAGUGAUCGAGAACAAGUCUAGGUUUGUCUGCAGAAGAGAAUUAUUGCUAUGUAGGAUCUUGCAAAAUUCAUUCCAAGAGUUGUUUCGGAAUACUAUUUUCUCUUGAAUUUUAACAAGAGAUUAUAUAUAUGGUUAUGUGCAUUGGAGAUUGUGAAAAAA